CAGACUUUUUAACAGAAGUGAGGUAACUUUGCAUGUCUCCCUCCAGACCGUGGGAGCAAAGGGGACUCAUUCCCCAAGCUAUGGUAGCAGUGUAAAUGCAGCCCUCUGAAAUGUAGGAAGCUGGGGAGAGGAAGCUUCUAGCAAGUAGCCCUGAUUUAUGCAAAUAUGUCCGAACAAGUUAUGGUCCCAGGCCACCUGUGUGUGAAAAGAAAGAUACACUCACACAUAAAAUGGCUGGGAUGGGCAGAAUCACUAAAAUGGCAACAGAGAUAAAAAACUUGGAACCUGUUCUUCAGCAGCUGGAAACCAAGUGUAUAUCUGCUAAGGAGAAGAUGGAGAUGCUAAGGAGCCCAGUUGCUGGUCCAGUCAAAGGAAAAGACAUCACAGCAUUAGCAGGGAAACUCAAACACGUGGCCCUGAACAUGCCACUGCGGUUUAGUACGGAGGCCACGAGACCCCAGUCAAAGAACAAUUCUCGCUUUGGCAACCUCAGCCACCAUUCCUUCUUCUCACGGCACAACCCCCAUCCUCACCGAGUGACCCACAUCCAAGGCUUAAAUGGUGUCCCCAUCUGUAUCGUUAAUGACGGGUGGUCUGUGCUGACCCCUCUGUCGCCUCAUCCAAUGAUAAAAGGCCAGCUUUCUACUACCGUAUUGGGGGUACCAGGGGCUCAGAUGCCCAUUGGAGAUCCACAUAGUAAUCUGGUCCCCAGGUUAACUGUAGGCUCGUUGUCAGAUGCAUGGAGAGAAGAACUGAGGGAACUUGCUGCCAGAGUUAGUGCUUCCUCCUCCACUGAAAUGGAGCAGAAGGAAGUGGCGGAAGAGCCCCGGAGAGCAACACAGUAUUCAGCAGAAACUGGGCGCCUCAUCCCACCUUCUUCUCGGGCAACAGUCCGCCAUACCCCCCAACAGUUGUGCCGAAAUAAUGCGAAGAACAAAGGCAAAGAUGCUGCCCUUUCUUUCCAGGACCAAGAGCUGGUAAUUUUGGAGCUGCUGUGUCAGAUCCUGCAGACAGACUCCUUGUCAGCUAUUCAGCAAUGGCUGCUCACAGCUGGUCAGAGGGAAAAGGAUCUUGUUAUGAGGAUGUUGCAGACUGCAACUGCCAACCUACAACCGGAGCCCAAAUCCUUGAGCACAAACCUGGAGCAGAGACUUCAGUCCCAGAUGUCCCAGACUGCAGUGGGCCUGUCCUCCAGAGGGCAACACUUGGGAAGGAAUCAUCCAGUCAGAUUGUCUCAGAGUCAGAAGCAAGAACCCAUUCCAGAGGAAGACAAGCCAGUGCAUAUGGGUACUGCAGAAGUUCUCCAGUUCCAUUUAUUCCGGGAUGGAAAGCAGAACCAGCCAGAUCCACCCAAUUAACAUGGAAUCUUCUCUCAUUCCUGAUGGAAGAACCUCAAGAAGUGCUAGCCCAUUUCCUGCUAUAGCUGCAGUGUUUUACUCUCAUUACUCAUCUAGUGAAAAAGUGUUCUGUAGAGUACAUGAAAAGGCAUGCAAUAUCCAGUAUCACCUAAUCUCUUUUUUCACUUUGACAUCAUAUGUUGAGACAUGGCAAAUUUAAACAGAAUUUGUUUAAUGACUGUGCCCUAGACAUUGUCAUACUGUAAAAUGGGUCUCUGUGAAAUUCCGAAUGGCCUCAUAGCUGUAGAUGCUUAAAGUACUGCUUCUGCUAUGAUCCGGCUGGGUAUUUGGUUCAAUAUGCAGAAUCACAAAGAGAAUGUGGCUGGGUUUUUUUCAGUGAUUUCAAAUGCAGGAGGUGCAUAGCCCAUAAGGUGGAUUGACUCGCUGAUUGAAAGAUUGGCCGUUAAACAUUUCAGUCCUUCCUCUCAGAUCCCAUGGGUAGCAUUGAGCAAUUGCUCAUCAUUCCAAAGGACUCAAAUCAGUUCUGUUAGUAUUUCUUUAAAGCCACUGGCAGAGACAGAGCCAUUCUGAGUGGUAGAGUCAUCGAUAUACUAGUUAUUCUCAGCUCUUUGGCUCCUUUUCACUGAACACAGCUGCUGCCUCAUUACUUUCCCACUACAUGCCAGGAAGUAGCAAUCUAGAUGAAGAAGAACUGGUUGGAAUUCAAUCCAAAUAAGAGAGAAGUGAUGUUUGUUCACAGAGGCAUUUAAAGGAUUGGAUGGAAACACCACUAUGGAGGAUGCAUGUCUGCAUUCUGGCAAAAUAGCUCACAGCUGCUUGAUCUUACUAGAUCCAUCACUGCUGCUCUCCACUUCUCAGGUAGCAGUGGUGGCCUGCAAUUUCCUUUUGUCAUAUAUGGCUGUAUGAUUUUUCUUCUAAUGUGGACCUUAGAACAAUCUUCCAUGUCUUUGUCUCCGCCAGGCUAGGUUAUGAAAUGUGCAGAUUUCUUUUGUAAAAACAUUAUUGCAUAUCAAUUACUUGUAUGAAGACUGUACGACUCCUAGUAUUUGCCUGUGGUCCUUUUAGAAAUAAACUAUCUGCUUGUGUAGCCAGCUGA